UAAAUCGAGCGACGAACAGUCGCUCCUCAGUUAUUCCUCGGCCCAGCUGAGCGGAGCAACUCCGUCAUGUUUGCACGCGUGGGACGUUUAAAUGAGAGGCGGUUGUGUUUUUGCACCCAAGUCCGGAUUUGAGACUAAAUUUUGUGUUCUCUGAAGUGAACGUAAGAAAACAGGCAGCGAGUUUAAGCAGUAUGCUAGCCCGACGCGGCUAACGUGAAGCUAACGGCUAACCAUUUGGAAAUCAUCAGAUGAAAACAACAUCGACCCAAAAUGCACUAGCUGGACUUGAACGGGUGGCCAACUGGUUUCCUGGAUCUGUUGGUUGGAUCGGAGGAUGAAGCGGGUCUUCUGGCUGCUUUCAGGCUUAAACAGAAGAAUGAUGAAGCUACUUUUUGCUCUCGCUUUGAUCGCGUACAUUGCCUCUGUUUGGGGAACAUAUACAAACAUGAGGUCGAUACAAGAAAAUGGAGAUGUGAAGAUUGAGCAGAAAAUUGAUGAAGCUGUGGCUCCUUUGAGAGAGAAGAUUCGUGACCUGGAACAGAGGAAUGCUGAAGCAAUUCUUCACAUAGUAAAGCCUUCUUCCCAGCUCUAUGCAGUGCAUCACAAAACGAGCUUUUCACAGAAAUAUCCACCGGUGAAAUUUCUCUCAGAAAAAGAUCGAAAAAGAAUUUUGAUCACAGGAGGGGCUGGGUUCGUGGGUUCCCAUCUGACUGACAAACUGAUGAUGGAUGGCCAUGAGUUGACCGUGGUCGACAACUUCUUCACAGGGAGAAAACGAAACGUGGAGCACUGGAUCGGUCACGAAAAUUUUGAACUCAUCAAUCAUGAUGUGGUGGAGCCACUUUACAUAGAGGUGGACCAGAUCUACCACCUAGCAUCUCCAGCCUCCCCUCCUAACUACAUGUACAAUCCCAUCAAAACACUGAAGACGAACACAAUUGGUACUCUGAACAUGCUUGGGUUGGCAAAACGAGUGGGUGCAAGACUUCUGCUGGCCUCUACAUCUGAAGUUUAUGGAGAUCCAGAGGUGCAUCCCCAAAAUGAGGACUACUGGGGCCAUGUGAACCCAAUUGGUCCCCGAGCGUGCUAUGAUGAGGGGAAACGUGUAGCAGAGACGAUGUGCUACGCCUACAUGAAGCAGGAAGGUGUGGAGGUGAGAGUGGCGAGAAUCUUCAACACGUUUGGUUCCCGGAUGCACAUGAAUGACGGACGAGUCGUCAGUAAUUUCAUCCUUCAGGCUCUACAAGGAGAACCUCUCACUGUGUACGGUACUGGAUCCCAAACUAGAGCCUUCCAAUAUGUAAGCGACCUGGUUAACGGCCUCGUGUUGCUGAUGAACAGCAACAUCAGCAGCCCAGUCAACUUGGGAAACCCAGAAGAGCACACCAUAUUGGAGUUUGCCCAACUCAUCAAAAGUCUUGUUGUGAGCCGAAGUCAGAUCCAGUUUCUGUCGGAGGCCCAGGACGAUCCCCAGAGGAGGCGACCCGACAUCCGAAAAGCCAAGAUGAUGCUCGGCUGGGAACCCGUGGUGCCGCUGGAGGAAGGUUUGAACAAAACUAUUCAGUAUUUCAGCAGGGAACUAGAACACCAGGCCAACAACCAGUACAUCCCCAAACCUAAAGCUGCCCGCAUGAAGAAAGGAAGGCCCAGACAUAACUGAGCAGCAGCGGUCUGCUCUGCCGAACACUCCUCCACCAUCAGAGAGGAGCUUCUCUCUGAUGUACCCUGCUGAGUAGAGCACUUUUUGGAACAGUGUCCCGUUUUGGGUCACGGCGGCGGCGGCUUUCUCUCUGAGCUCUCUUUAAAAGCGGAUGAUGCCUUGUGUCGGAGCGGCAGCUGUGAUUUGGUGAGGUCUCCCUCCAUGAAGCUUUCAAAACUGAUGGACAAGCCUGAAUCAAAGAAGCUACCUGCUGGAGCGGAGGACUGGAAUUCCAGCCUAUGUUUUGGGAGUAUAUUUUCGUGGAUUUCGUGCUGUUCUUGCUAUUUAAUACAACGCCAUGAGAAUCUUGGCGAGCAGCUCAGACCUCGCGGAAACGAAUGGCGUUUAUCAAUUUCAUGGUGUAUCGUGUCUGGAGAGGAGCCGUCCGAGUUUGUUUUCCCACUGGACGUCUUGUCAGUCUGCCAAACCCGUAGCGCACGGCAGGUUGUGGACAAAUUCUCCAGCUCAACAGUUUACGGCACCAUAAUUGUUUUUAAAGAUAUUGUGUUUGUGAAAUUUUCAUGUCACGGUGUGCAGUAUCAUAUUGAUGUGAAGAGGCUAUUUUAAUAAAAUAUUUCCAAUGA